AUGUCUACCUCCGAGUAUUCGAAGCUGCGGGCUCAGCGCGACGAGUCCCCAAACAAUGCGCGGCUCACUCCCGACCCCGACUUCUUUUCAGGAGACGAGGACCAACACGAUGAUGGCAGACCCUCUGCGGAGAUGGCUUCGCACGACCGGGAGUUACUUGACGAGGAAGAGGAGAGGGAAACAUUGCUGAGCCGUGGAGGGGCAACAGGCAAGUUUCCUGCAUUGUUCCGUUCUGGCAAGAGUACUGGGGACCCUGUAAAGAUUGGAGGGCUUGAACGGAAGCGGCUCAAGAGGCAGGCAAGGCGAGAGCGCAAGGGAGCUCGUAAUGGAGAGUCCAGCGAACUCAUGUAUGAGAUGGAGGAAGGCGUUGGCCGCUCAGACUCGGAGUUGUCGUCGAGGAAUUCAUCACAAUCAGACCAGCAGCGACUCGAGGCCGUGCUCGCCAACAAAAAGGCGCGUCGGAGCCGUAUUUGGAGACGAGUUCUUAUACACUCCUCUAUCGUCGUUCUUUUUCUUGUAAUCCUCUUCGUCGCUUAUAGAGCAUCCAAACGCUCCAGCGUCAAAUACAAUGCCAGCCUCCUUUCCAAUGGCACUCACAGCUUCGCCCCCACGACGAUCCUCAUCUCCCUGGAUGGCUUCCGGGCCGACUUCUUAUACCGCGGUCUUACUCCUACCUUGACCAGGUUCGUACAAGGAGGCAUCUCCCCGAAGUACAUGAUGCCGUCCUUCCCGAGCGUCACUUUCCCAAAUCAUUACACAAUGGUUACAGGGCUAUAUCCGGAGGCUCACGGGAUUGUGGGGAACACAUUCUGGGACGUCGAGCUCCAGAAGGAGUUUUAUUACACGGAUCCAGACAAGAGUUUGCAACCAUUCUGGUGGGGAGGAGAGCCAGUAUGGCUUACUGCAGAGAAACAAGGAGUGCGGACUGCCAUACAUAUGUGGCCUGGGUCCGAAGCUCAUAUCGGUGACAUUCAGCCAGCCCAUGUGGACAAAUAUAAUGGCUCUGAGGUGCUAUCUCGGAAGACGGACAGAAUAUUCGAAUUCUUGGACCUUCCUGGCCCAGACAGUCCUGCGGCAAAAGCAGACCUGCCACGGCCUCAGCUCAUUGCGGCCUAUGUACCCGUGGUAGAUGCAGAUGGUCAUCAGUAUGGCCCGAACAGCACGGAAAUUCGUCAGACUAUCAUGAAUGUCGAUGAUAUGCUGGAGCAAAUCCUCCAGGGCCUUCAACAGCGCAAUCUGACAGAGGUCGUAAACGUUGUCGUGGUUUCUGACCACGGAAUGGCGACAACGGAUGUCGAGCGAUUGAUUCAGCUCGAAGACCUAAUAGAGCCUGAAGAGCUCGAGCAUAUCGAUGGAUGGCCUCUAUACGGCUUACGCCCAAAGAAACCCGAAGAUCUGGAUCGUCUUCAUAAACAGCUCCAAGAGAAAGCAAAGACGAACCCUAACAUUGAGGUAUACCUCCGCGAUAAGGACAUGCCAGAACGAUACCACUUCUCCCAGAGCGAGCGUAUCGCGCCCUUGUGGAUAGUGCCCAACACCGGCUGGGCGAUCGUCACGAAGGACGAGUUUGAUGUCGAGCAGGGCAAAUUAAAUGGAGACGUGUACCAUCCGCGAGGUCUUCACGGUUACGAUCACGAGCAUCCUCUCAUGAGAGCCAUCUUCGUUGCCAGGGGACCAGCAUUUCCGCACAAGCCCAAUAGCCGUCUGGAACCCUUCCAAAACAUCGAACUCUACAACAUCGUCUGCGACUCCAUCGGCAUUGAGCCGAAGCCAAACAACGGAACUAUGCGCCUACCACUCAAACCUGCGGGCUUGCAUUCAGACCCUAGUACGCCUGAGAAUGAGACACCGGCUGAUCCAGUGGGGUCUCCUGCAAGCAGUGCCAUGUCUCCGAGUGCCGCACCAGUAAAGAGCAUCUCCAGGUCUACCACAGUAGCAGCCGUUGGCGUAACGUCUGGUGUCCCCGAAACUCCUGUCGUCGGAGCCACUCCUACUUCGGACGUCCAGGAACCAUCGGCGAUCCCGGCAAUGCCCUCUGUGGCCCUGCCUACAAUGCCUCCCCCGGCCCCUCCUAGUACACCAGUCGCUAAUCCUACUGAGGAACCGUGGUGGGAGUGGGUGCACGACAAGAUCGAGGACGUCGAGGAAUGGGUGGAUGAUUUGCUGCACCCAUCCGAAACGCCCCCUAACGGCGGACAUGGUGGCGCGUACAAGCCGGACACCCCUUGA